AUUAGGCUACUAAAAAUUGAUAUACCAACAUGAAAUGUACCGCAAAUGUGCCAAGUCUUACGCUGUAUAAAUGUAUAUUUGAAAGCUCCACAUUCUUUAAUUCAAAAUUUAUAUGGUCAAGGCCGGGUGAUGUACUAUAUCACUCAAAACAAAUAGUAAAAAUUGUCCCACUUGUCUUGUUUCCUAAUUUUUAAAUUAUUUUUUAAUUCAUUUUAUUCCAGAUCUUGAUUUUUAAACUGAAACCCAACUCCCAAAAUCCAAUCUUGCAGUUUAACAUUGGAUUUUUGGGUCCAAAAAUCAAUUAGUAGCUUCAAAUUUUCUGUGUUUUCAGUUAAAGAUUGGACUUUUGGGUAAAAAUUCUGUUUUUUAGUUAAAAGAUUGGAUUUUGGAUCACAAAUUCAAUCAGUAAGUUCACAUCUUCUGUUUUUUCAGUUAAAGAUUGGAUUUUUGGGUCAAAACAUCUGUUAUUUCAGUUAAAGAUUGGAUUUUUGGGAGUAACUUCAAAUUAUCUGUUUUUUCAGUUAAAGAUUGGAUUUUUUAGGUCAAACAUGUACUAGUAGCUUUCAAAUUUUCUGUUUUUUCAGUUAAAGAUUGGAUUUUUGGAUCAAAGUGUGUUUUUUCAGUUAAAAAUUGGAUUUUUGGGUCAAAAAAUCUAUUAGUAGUAAUUUUUAAAGUUUCUGUUUUUUUCAGUUAAAAGAAUUUUGGGUCAUAGAAAGGUAGAUGGGUAUGGAAGGUAUCCAAGAAAAUGGAAAUGGGGAGAUGGGGUUGUCAGAUUUUCCAUUGGGGAGAAAGAACAAGUACAAGAGGAUGGAUUCUGAGUUUACAGAUUAUGAUGAUGAUGAUCCUUCGCACCAUCAUCAUCAGUUGGAGAGAAGGAAAAAGAGUACCAGAAAAUAUGUUUUUGGUUGUGCUGUUUUUGCUUCUCUUAACAAUGUCCUUCUUGGCUAUGAUGUAGGUGUCAUGAGUGGAGCAAUCUUAUUUAUUCAAGAAGAUUUGAAAAUAACAGAAGUUCAACAAGAAGUUCUUGUUGGUGUUUUGAGCAUAAUUUCACUUUUAGGUAGCUUAGCUGGUGGAAGAACGUCAGAUGCAAUUGGUAGAAAGUGGACAAUGGGGUUAGCUGCUGUUGUAUUUCAAACAGGGGCAGCUGUAAUGACGAUUGCUCCUUCGUUCGAAAUACUAAUGGUAGGAAGGAUUUUAUGUGGGGUUGGCAUAGGCUUUGGCGUCAUGAUUGCACCAGUCUAUAUAGCUGAGAUAUCACCAACUAUUGCUAGAGGCUCUCUCACAUCAUUUCCUGAGAUUUUCAUAAAUCUAGGGAUUUUACUCGGUUAUGUAUCUAAUUAUGCAUUCUCUGGUCUUUCAGCACAUAUAAGCUGGCGGGUAAUGCUUGCUGUUGGAAUUCUUCCCUCGGUCUUCAUUGGAGUGGCUCUCUUCAUCAUCCCUGAGUCACCAAGGUGGUUGGUCUUGCAGAACCGAGUAGAAGAAGCAAGGUCAGUUCUAAUGAAAACAAAUGAAAAUGAAUGGGAAGUUGAGGAGAGACUAGCGGAAAUACAACUAGCUGCUGGAACCACAAACACAGACAAAUAUGAAGAGAAACCUGUGUGGCGUGAAUUGUUGAGCCCCUCUCCUGCUCUACGUAGGAUGCUGAUCACUGGUAUUGGAAUUCAAUGUUUCCAACAGAUUACUGGAAUUGACGCAACUGUUUACUACAGUCCUGCAAUUUUCAAAGCAGCUGGUAUUGAGGAUGAAUCAAAACUUCUGGCUGCUACUGUGGCUGUGGGAGUAAGCAAGACAGCGUUUAUACUAAUAGCCAUCAUUCUCAUUGACAAAGUCGGGCGAAAGCCAUUGCUCUAUGUGAGUACAAUAGGUAUGACAACAUGUUUGUUUGGCGUGGGCAUCACUCUAAUUUUAAUGAAAGAAGGAUCAAUUAGCAUCGCGCUAGCAAUACUAUUUGUUUGUGGCAAUGUAGCAUUCUUCUCAGUGGGGAUCGGUCCAGUCUGUUGGGUUUUAACAUCUGAAAUCUUUCCCUUAAGGGUUCGUGCUCAAGCUUCAGGGCUCGGGGCAGUAGGUAAUAGAAUGUGCAGUGGCCUGAUUGCUAUGUCUUUCCUCUCCGUUUCACAUGCAAUUACUGUUGGUGGUACCUUCCUAAUCUUUUCAGCAAUCUCCGCAUUGUCUGUUGCAUUCGUCUAUAAAUAUGUUCCAGAAACAAAAGGUAAAUCGUUGGAGCAGAUAGAGUUGUUGUUCCAGGAUGAAUAUGGACGUCAAGGAGGUGAAGUGCAACUUGGAGAUGUUGAACAUCUAGUACAAAAGUGAAACAAAAGUCGUCGUUGAUUACACAUUGAAUACACUGAUUGAAUUGUUAUUCAUUUGAGUAGUGAAGUUUUGGAGAGGCUAUUUCAUAUGGCUAUCUGCAAAUGCCACUACAACUUUCUCCGAUGAGCCACUGGAGAGAAGCGGAGAUCACACGAUACAUCUCUUUGUUAUAGUGAGACAGACAUUAAAGCCGAUGUCGGAGACAGGAUAUGUAACACUUAUUUAUGGAAAGAAUCACAUGUAGCAGACCGAUGUUAAACAUUUUUCAAAAUAUUUAUUGUUUUAUUGGUUAAAUGAAAAGAUGAGGGUUACUUCUUUGGCUGCAAA